GUGAUUUUAAGCUUAUAUUAAGUACUAAUGGGGCAGUCAGUGGAGAGUAGCCCGGUAGUAGCCGAUGUGGAGCUAAAAGAGACUGAGGAGCUUCCUCUGUUAGCCAGAAUUAUCAACCACAUCCUCACCCCUGGCUCCUCCUUGACGCCAUUUAUGUGGAUUUCCUUUAACGUUAUUAUGUGUGGCUUGUUUUUGCUAUGGCUUCUUUUUGUCAUUUCAAUGCCAACAUGUAUCCAUGUGUGGGUGUUUGGUUUUUUAGGCUUAGGAUUGACACUUUCAACGAAUUGGUUUAUGAAGAUUGUAUUCAGUAGCGGUAUGAAUUUUGCACCGCAACAGGCUAGUGACACUGAGAGGGUGAUGACAGAGAAAAAGAGAAGUUAG